GGAAGCCAUGGACACCUUCAUCCGCUUCACCAACCAGACCCAGGGCCGGGACCGACUCUUCAGAGCCACUCAGUACACAUGCAUGUUGCUUAGAUACUUGUUAGAGCCUAAAGCUGGCAAAGAGAAGGUGGUAAUGAAGCUCAAGAAACUGGAGACCAGUGUGAGCACUGGCCGCAAAUGGUUCAGAUUAGGCAACCUGGUACAUGCUGUGCAGGCGACCCAGCAGAGCGUUCACGCCACUGACCUGGUGCCCCGCAUAUGCCUGACGUUAGCCAACGUGAACCGUGUGAUUUAUUUCAUCUGUGAUACCGUCCUCUGGGUGAGGAGCGUAGGCCUUGCCUCCGGCAUUAACAAAGAGAAAUGGCGAAUGUGGGCUGUCCGCCACUACUACUAUUGUCUGCUACUGAGCCUGGCCAGGGACCUGUACGAACUCUCCCUGCAGAUGGAACAGGCUGCACGCGACAGGGCGAGGAUGGAGCAGUCACUGUCUCAGGAGCCUCUUGGGUACAGCGUGGCCAAUGAGGAAACAGAAUGGCUCCAGGCCUUCCUCCUCCUCUUGUUCCGAUCUCUGAAGAAGCACCCGCCCUUGCUCCUGGACACAGUGAAGAACUUCUGCGAUCUCUUGAACCCUUUGGACCAGCUGGGGAUCUAUAAGUCCAAUCCUGGCAUCAUUGGACUUGGAGGUCUUGUGUCCUCCAUAGCGGGCAUCAUCGUCGUGGCGUAUCCGCAGAUGAAGCUGAGGGUGCACUGAAGUGGUUUCGGGUG